CUUCCAGGUCGAUGGACAUUCCCAAGACACCGGUUUCGUGUCUCCACGCCCCAGGCCGCGUGCCCACGCGCCGGCGCUCCUCCGGUCACUGAAGCGCUGCCAGCCCGGGCACCCGCCCGCCCCCUCUCCUUGCCUGCGGGUCCGCGUCUACACCGCCUGCUCUCCUCUUGUGGGCCGGGCUGGGGGGCGGCAGACGGUCUGCGGGGUUUGCCCAGGAAGACCACCGGGAACUUACUCCACAUCCCCAGUUCACCCACCUGAUGCGACCCCGGAUGUGGGCGUAAGUGCCACGCUGCCGCACCGCGCCUCAGCCAAUCGCACGCCCCAGACCGUUGCGUCACGGCGAGGUCAGCAAAUGGACGCCGGCCUGCUGUCGCUUCCGGCCCGCCCUCUUGCCCCGGGCCGGGAGUGGGCCGGUCUUGCCUGCCCGGCGGCAGAGCAGCGGUCGCCGCGACUCCGCCCCACCGGGCGCGGACCCAGUGUUCCUACAGCCGACGCCAUGCCCAACUCGGUGCUGUGGGCCGUUGACCUCUUUGGGAGAGUGUACACGCUUUCCACAGCCGGCCAGUACUGGGAGCCAUGCAAGGAUGGCCAGCUGGAGUUCAAGAGGGUCAGCGCAGCCACACAGUGCUGCUGGGGCAUCGCCUGUGACAACCAGGUCUACGUGUACAUGUGUGCCAGCGACGUCCCCAUCCGCCGCCGGGAGGAGGCCUAUGAGAACCAGCGCUGGAACCCCAUGGGCGGCUUCUGUGAAAAACUCCUGCUCAGUGACCGGUGGCCGUGGAGUGAUGUGAGUGGGCUUCAGCACCGGCCGCUGGAUGGGGUGGCACUGCCCUCACCGCACUGGGAGUGGGAGUCUGACUGGUAUGUGGAUGAGAACUUUGGAGGAGAACCCACUGAGAAAGGGGGGUGGACAUAUGCCAUCGACUUUCCUGCCACCUAUACACGUGACAAGAAGUGGAAUUCUUGUGUGCGACGGCGGAAGUGGAUCCGGUACAGGAGAUACAAGUCCCGGGAUGCCUGGGCCAAGAUCCCCUCAAAGGAUGACCCCAAGCAGCUUCCUGACCCCUUCAACGACCUCUCCGUGGGAGGAUGGGAGAUCACAGAGGAGCCCACAGGCCGCCUGUCAGUGUGGGCCGUGUCUCUGCAGGGAAAGGUGUGGUACAGAGAGGAUGUCAGCCACUCCAACCCUGAAGGUUCAUCCUGGUCUCUCAUGGACACCCCUGGGGAGGUGGUCCAGAUCAGCUGUGGGCCCCAUGACCUCCUGUGGGCCACUCUGUGGGAGGGGCAGGCUCUGGUCCGAGAAGGAAUCAACAGAAACAACCCCACAGGGAGCUCCUGGUCCAUAGUGGAGCCUCCUGGGUCUGAAAACGGGAUUAUGCACGUCUCAGUGGGAGUUGGUGUGGUCUGGGCUGUCACCAAGGACCGGAAGGUGUGGUUCAGAAGAGGCGUCAACUCUCACAACCCCUGUGGCACCAGCUGGAUCGAGAUGGUUGGAGAAAUGAUGAUGGUGAAUGUGGGCCUGAACGAGCAGGUCUGGGGCAUUGGCUGUGAGGACCGAGCCAUAUACUUCCGGCAGGGUGUCACUCCCAGUGAGCUCAGUGGAAAGACAUGGAAGGCCAUUGUCGCAGCCCGAGAGUGUGACCGGUCAUACUCCGGCAGCUCAUCGAGUCUCCUCAGUGCUGGCUGUUUCUUUGGCGACGAGGUAAGGGGCAGUGGCGAGUCUGCCCCUAGCGACACUGAUGCCUCCUCAGAAGUCGAGAGACCAGGGCCUGGGCAGCCUCUCCCCGUGGAAUCUUUGGACAAUCCCAGGAAUCUCAAGGAGAGCUUGGCCUCAGGCCCAGGGGCUGGAAGGACCACAGAGGAUGCCACAGAGAAUGCCUGCCCCACUGAGGGUGGCCCAGGCCUGGCAUCCACCCCCGCAGAGCUGCCCUGGACCAAUAUUGACCUGAAGGAGCCAAAGAAAGUGCCCAACCACUUGACUGCUGGCUUCCCUGAGACUACUGGCCUCUCCUCCCUGGGGCACCACCAGCUGGGUUUGGAAGAGCCCUAUGGGGCAGACGACCACCCACUGUGGGCCUGGGUAUCGGGAGGUGGUUGCACAGUGGAGGCCUGCUCCAUGCCCAAGUGGUUCACUGUCCAGUCGGGCCUGUCUCCCUUGGUGCAGACACUGUCUCUGUCCAUAAUGCCGGCCCAGACUGCCGCCUGGAGAAAGCAGAUCUUCCAGCAGCUCACGGAAAGAACCAAGCGAGAGCUGGAGAACUUCCGACACUACGAGCAGGCUGUGGAGCAGUCCGUAUGGGUGAAGACUGGGACCCUGCAGUGGUGGUGCGACUGGAAGCCCCACAAGUGGGUAGAUGUCCGUGUGGCCCUGGAGCAGUUCACAGGACACGAUGGCACUCGGGACAGCAUCCUCUUCAUCUACUAUGUGGUCCAUGGGGAAAAGAAGUAUAUCCAUGUGUUCCUCAACGAGGUGACAGUGUUGGUGCCCGUGCUCAGUGAGGGCAAGCACUCCUUUGCCCUGUAUACCCCUGAGAGGACUCGGCAGAGGUGGCCUGUGCGUCUGACUGCUUCCACCAACCAGGACAUGAAUGACUGGCUUGCCCUGCUCAGCCUGUCCUGCUGUGAGAGCCGGAAGGUCCACGGCCGCCCCUCCCCACAGGCCAUCUGGUCUGUCACCUGCAAUGGGGACAUCUUCGUGAGUGAGCCCAGUUCGGACCUGGAGGCCCAGGAGCACCUAUUGCCCUGCGACCAGAUGUUCUGGCGGCAGAUGGGAGGCCACCUGCGCAUGGUGGAGGCCAACAGCCGUGGCGUGGUGUGGGGCCUCGGUUAUGACCACACAGCUUGGGUGUACACAGGUGGCUAUGGUGGAGGCUGCUUCCAAGGCCUGGCCAGCAGCACCAGUAACAUCUACACCCAGUCAGACAUGAAGUGCGUGUACAUCUACGAGAACCAGCGCUGGAAUCCCGUCACAGGCUACACCAGCAGGGGUCUGCCCACAGACCGGUACAUGUGGAGUGAUGCCACAGGGCUACAGGAGUGCACCAAGGCCAGCACAAAGCCCCCAUCUCUGCAAUGGACCUGGGUUUCUGAUUGGUUCGUGGAUUUCAGUGUGCCUGGGGGCACUGACCCAGAGGGGUGGCAGUAUGCUAGUGAUUUCCCUGCCUCUUACCAUGGGUACAAAACCAUGAAGGAUUUUGUCAGGAGAAGGUGCUGGGCCAGGAAGUGCGUGCUGGUGACCAGUGGGCCCUGGCUGGAGGUGGCCCCCAUUGCCCUCAGAGAUGUGUCCAUUAUCCCAGAGAGCCCGGACACCCACAGGAAUGGAUCCAGCAUCGCCCUCUGGGCUGUCAGUGACAAGGGGGAUGUGUUAUGCCGCCUGGGCGUGUCUGCAUUGAACCCCGCAGGCUCCUCCUGGCUGCAUGUUGGCACUGACCAGCCCUUCACCUCCAUCUCCAUCGGGGCCUGCUACCAGGUGUGGGCUAUAGCAAGGGAUGGCUCCGCCUUCUACCGAGGCUCUGUGUCCCCCUCCCGGCCAGCUGGUGACUGCUGGUACCACAUCCCCUCUCCUCCUAAACAGAGACUAAAACAGGUGUCUGUUGGGCAGACAUCAGUGUACGCCUUAGAUGAAAAUGGGAACCUGUGGUACCGCCAGGGGAUCACGCCCAGCUACCCACAGGGCUCCAGCUGGGAGCAUGUGUCCAACAACGUGUGCAGAGUGUCUGUGGGGCCCCUGGACCAGGUCUGGGUCAUCGCCAACAAAGUCCAGGGAAGUCACAGUCUGAGCCGGGGGACAGUGUGUCACCGCACAGGUGUGCAGCCCCAUGAGCCCAAGGGACAGGGCUGGGACUACGGCAUCGGGGGAGGCUGGGACCAUAUCUCUGUCCGAGCCAAUGCCACCAGGGCCCCCCGGGGCACUACCCGGGAUCAGGAGCUGAACACCUGUCAGGAGGACCACAGCCCUGCCUGCUGCUGAGGCCCCCGUGCACCUGGACAGAGAUGUGCCUGGUGUGAAGGGUCAAGGCUGAGCCAUUCUAAUGCUGUAGUGUGUGCUGUGGCAGGGGAUUGACCAGGCAGACUCAGGAGGGAACCUGGCCCAUGGUCAUGGCCACUUCAGAGCAAGAGCACUGGCUAAGAUAGUCCAGAAACAUGAAGCUCCAGGGAUACCUGGCGUAUGUCCCCAUUUACAGAAGAACCAUGGGGAAAGGGUGGUGCUGCACCCCCCUAAGGCCCAGCCCCUUCUUCCCCUACACCUGGCUGGGAGCCUGAAGCCCACCAGGAGAGCCCAGGAGGAAACCCCUGGUGCUGGCAUCUUGGCAGCAGCUUGGGCCUGCCACCCACCUGAGCCAAGAGACAGGCCUGGGGCUCAGGGUCACUUUGUCAUGAGUUGUGACUUUUUCUCAGAGCAGGACUUGCAAAGAGGGUCUAAUGUUAUAGCUAAGCACUCAAGUUGGCAGGGAUGUCUUCUGCAGAUGGGCCGCGGCUGUGGACGGGGAGGCUGGAAGAUAGUGUCACAUGUAGGGUCAUCAUCUUCAGCCCCUAGUUGGCCCCUUCCCCAGAUGUGUGGGGGACUCAAAGAAUCCUAGGAUAUCGGAUCAUGUUGAGGGGACAGCAGGCAUCCUAGGGGAACAGGACAGAGAUCCCCCAACCUGUUCUGUGCACCUCAGGGUGAGAGCCUUGCCUGGCUGAUUGAGGAGGAAAGCCCUUGGCUGAGUGGCCCUGACUCCUGUCUGGCAACUCAUCUGCUGCUUUUUAUCCCAUUUUGCCCCAUUUGGGGACUUUGCUUCCUACACUGGACGCUUUCCUGUGAGUUCUUUGGAGCCCAAGUCCUUUCUCUGUUCAGUUUGAUAGUGAAGGGACUUGUCACCAACUGACCUUCCUGGGAUCCCUGCCCAUUUUGUCAUCAACAGGGGGUCACUUGUGCAUUUGUAUCUGAUCCCAUUUUGCUGCACAGUGUCUGUCAUCCUGAAUCUGACUCUUAAGAAAAGUCUCCUCUAGGGUCUCACCCUGCAGGCAUUUGAGAGACAUGGUGUUCUCCGUGUUGCUGGAGGCAGGGCCCGUUGUGUCUGGGUGCGGAGCUCUCAGGCCUAUCAGAGGAGAUGGCCCCGUGCUGUGUGUUUACAUUUCAAUGCCAGGUUUUCUGUGCGUGGGCAUUAUGGUGUGUUCCCCUGCAACAGUGCCCCGUGCGUUCUGCUGUGACUUGCUGUCUGCAGAUGGCUCCCAGUAGAGGGUAUCACUCUGCUUUUCUCCAGGGUGACAUGUUCCUUUGCUGCUGAGCACUAACUAACUGUUUACCUGCUCAGCAUCCUUCUUUGGAUGCUUUAUUCAAUAAAAACUUACACCAGAGUGUAAAUGGCAUGAUAUUUUUUAUUGCUACAUUUUGAUUAAGAUGCAUAGUUCCCCAUGCAUUUGUGCAUGGACAAAAGCAGCAAUUGUUGUGAAAUCUUUUAUUUUCAUUUUAUGACACAGUAUUGAUUUCAUUAGUACUUUGAAGAGACCAUUAGAAAAAAAUAAAAGCAAAUCUGGGUCAUUUAAGAAACAUUUCCACCACAAUUAUAGCAGGAGCACGGGCUGUUCCAGUUGGGUUUUCGCUGACAGAAAGUGGCAGUUCUGGUUUCUCCACUUGUGCUGGUGAGGAUCUCACCUCCAGAGCCAGCUCAGGGUGCUGGUGCCAGGGUGGGUAGCUGGGUGGACAGCCCCAGGGUGUGGUGGAGGCGGCCAGGGUUUAGCAGUAUGUGGGUCUCUGACCAGCUUAUGCAGGGACUUCAGGACACUCAUCUCAUGGCCCAGGCAAAGCCUCCCCACAGGACGGGAGAGUACAGCCUGGGAUGGGGAUUCAAGACGAGGGCAAGGAGCAGACCCAACAAGCUUGUAAUAUACCUGUCCCCUCAGUUCCCCUAACACUUGACACCCUGAAGUGGGAUUGGGACAUCUCAGUAUCCUUGAUAUGGCCACAGGGCACACAGAUCCCCUUGUGCUGUGGAGAAGGACUGGGCAGCUGGCCCCAGGUCACCCUCUGGGAUGUAGAAAGGACCCUGGUGCCAGUUUGAGGCAGAAAUACCUGGGCAGCCCUGGGCUGUGGCGUGUCACCAGGAAUGGUCUGGACAGACCCUCCACUGGGUAUCCCCCCACUCUGUGCUUUCAGGAUCAACAAGGACAACCCAUUCUGGCCACAGCUCAGUGGGAAACAAGGGCUCUCAGGUCUGCAGCACCCUGACACCCUUACAGGGGAGGUACCCUCACAACACAUCCCUGCCAGCUGGGUGCCCACAGUCAGGGAGGCCUGGACUCCCUCUGUCCCAAGCUUAGAUGUGCACUCAAAUUCAGACCAGGCCUUCAGGAGCAGCAUGCACAGUCUGACAGCAAGUCUCACUGUAGUGUGCCCGGGGCCACCUGCCCUUAAUAAGGUGCCCAGGGCUGACCCCAAGCCUGUUGGUGCAUUUAGCAUCUGGUGCCAGGACCCCCAAGCUUGGGCAGGGCAAGGAUACAGGGUAGGGACUGGUCAAUGGGAGCCUAGGACCCAAUUUGGCCCCCAACUCCCAGCACCUCAGGAGGGACCUGGCCCCGAAGGGCCUCUGGAACAGCUCUGAGCCAAGGAACAAGGGAGGGGUUGAGAGCAAAGUGACCAAGUCUGGCAGAGCCAGUGGGGCAGGAACACCAGACAGAAGGAAGCUGGGCCUGAGGCGGCAAGGAUGUGCCAAGCCACCCAGGCCUUGCCACCCUGGGUGGGGGGAGGGAAGUCCUGCCACCCCCAGGCUUCACUCUCAGAAAGCCCCAAAGUGCCCCCCAGUUCAAACCAGCAACCAAGAACAAACAUCCUAGAGUCCUACUGCCUGCCUUUGGCCAAUUACAUGACCCACAAUAGUGAAAAAUAAUGACAGCAUCUGGGAGGCCCAGGACAAACGCCCCUCACCACACAGCCUAGGGCCAGGCAGAGGCUCUAGGGCUGCUCUGAGGACCCAGAGCCUCCCAGCUUCCCUCCUGGAUGAUCCCAGAAAGGCAACAUUAGCAACUCCUGGUAUCCGGCUCCAGCUCUGUGGGGCUGUCAGGGCCAGGCCUGGACCCUCCUCAGCUGGGGGUUGCUGCCCCCACAGAUGGAGGAAGGAGGAAGAGACGCCAGCCCUCACCCUAAAGUCCCCUUAAAGUGAAUUCAAGGUCACUUGAAGGUCCUCUGGUUGCUUAACACUCACCCUCCCCAGAGGCCUCAGGCUUUGCCUGGAUUGUUCUGGGCCUUAGUUUACCUUGAAUGAUGAUGCAGAGCACCCAGCCCCAGCCCCACGCUGCAGAUUGGAGCAGGGUCCUUCCCAGGUUUUGGUGGCAGUGUGGAUGGGAUGCUUGUAAGUAAACCUUUUCCUGGAAUCUCCCCCUGCCUGGGAGGAGUCAGGUAAAGAGAAUCUAGUCACAAAGGCUGAGGCUUCUCAACUCCUGCCAAGUCCUGGUUAGUGGAAAAGCAGGACCUGGGUCCUGCAUGGAGGUUUGGGCCUCAGAACACCCAAAGCCAUGGUCUCCCUGGGCCACUUGCUUGUCCCCACAGGUGCAGGUGCAGGAGAAACUGCUGGGGGUGCAGCUGAGCACUCAGGAAAAAUGGAGUCACUGGGCACAUCUCCUCAAGGGAUGUUACCACUAGUCUGGGGC